AUGCCGGAUGGAUACUCGAGGGUGUUCUCCGAGAGGACGCAUCAUUCGCUUUCAACGCCUUCGUUGCCGGAUUUACUGGGAGGGUCUGAGGACGACCCGCAUCAUCUCGCUACCACUGCGUACAACCUGCUUCAGCAAUACAACUACGGCAAAAAUAUCGAUGAUCUCCGAAACUCUAUCAUGCUUUUCCGUCGCACAAUCCAGCUUUCAUCAGAGAGUCCCCCUGACCAGCUGCGAUGGCUGGACACCGUUGGUGACUGCCUACUACGCUUGUUCAAGCGCUCGGGCAGCGCACUCGAUCUUGAUGACUCAAUAAACGCCUACCAGAGAGCGGCGCAUCUGUCACAACAGGACUCAGCGCUUCCUAAGCGGCUCGGGAACCUUGCGCUCUCGUUGAGGACCCGAUUCGACCGGUCUCAUAACCCUGCCGAUCUUGAUGAAGCUCUGAAUGCUCAUCGUCGCGCGGUCGAUCUCCCCCUAGUAGUAGCAGCAGCCUUCCAAGGCGACUAG